AAGGAAACAAAAUGAGAGAAGACAGGUCAGCAUACUAAUGGUGUAACUUCAGAUGUGAAAGUAAAAUUUGAAGAAAAUUUUGUCCUAAAUACUUCAGGGAGAAAAAUGACUCUUCAAGACACAGGACAAACAUGGAAGUACCUCACAGGAUUGACUGUGGCUAUUCUGCUUAUGCAUGUUUGUGUGGUAAAAACACUUGAUUUCCGAGAAACAUGCAUCGAUUCACAGUUUAGCUACACAGAUUGGCUACAGCAUCAUAUAAAAAAAAGAGAAGCAGUAAAACCAACAACUACAACAACGACGACGACACCAAAAACAAAUGACAGACUUAAAUCAAUACAACCAAUAUCAACAGUUAUACAAAUGUCAAUGAGAAUAAAUCAAAUUUUUGAAACCAGUCUCACCAACAAAACUGAUCCGAAGUUCAUAUUCUAUGUAGCUCGCAUUACAUUCGCAAUUGAAAAUAGUUACAAGAAUCUGCCUAACUACAUUAAAGGUUCAGUACAUGUCAUUGGCUUCAGGUCUGGUAGCAUUAUAGCAGACUACACAAUUAAUGCAACCAGCAGCAAUCUGGAUUUAACAACAGCAAACAUACAAGUAACUUACAUUCUAGCAGCUGCAGGAAUCCCUUUAGCUCAGAAUGCUUUUGCUAAAAGUGAGGAAAAAAUCCUGACAACCAAAGAUAAGUUUUAUCCUCUGCAAGAUGUGGAACUGAGGUGUACACGUCCAAAUUCUGUUGUGGGAACAAUGAAAUGGAGUGUGAAUGACCAAGAUCCUGCAGAAAACAGUUCAAAAUACACCAUAAUAAAUGACAACAUCGGUAGCACUCUUAUUGUAAAAGUUGCAAGUGAAAGUGACAAUGGUAGAUACUCAUGUAUCAUACAAAGCUUCCCAAUACCUUACAUUCAGUGGCAAACAGUAUCUAUUCAACCACUUCCUAAUAUUAUAGUGGACAAAACUGAUGUACAGCUUCAGUGUCAAGACCAGACUGUCCCACUGACAUGCUGUACAGAUGGUUACACGGUUGAGUGGUCUGGGAUUCCUGCUGGUGAUGUAGUGAUAAAUUCAGGACCUGGCUGCAUCACAUUACAACAUAAAAUCUUUAGUACAAAUUGUGGGUCUAAAGAAAUCUUCACUUGCCGACUAAAGGACAUGCCAGAAUUACAAACAUUUUAUUACAGCAGCAGGACAGUCCAAGUUCAGACAGUCAAUAAGUAUAACUGUAUAAAUGACACAAUUGGAGUUGGAGAAAUAGGUGACAUUAUAACAGGAUUGUGUGAAAAAGGCCAGGAAGGCCUCAUAACUUAUGUAUGUAAACAGACAACAGAUCUCAAAUAUAACUGGACAGAAGUACAGAGAGAUUGUGUUGUUCAAGCUAUCAGAGACCUUGAAAGGAGAUCUGAGGUUUUAGGUGUGAAUGAUAUUCCAGUGUUCAUGACAAACCUCAGUAACACUGCAGUGCAGAAUAAUACUGUGAUAACACAAUCUGCUGACACUGUCCAAACCAUUGUUGACAUACUUACCACAAUUGCUAGUAUCUCACAAACUAUUACCAUCAGUCAACCUGUGAUGGAGGAUUUUCUUAAAACAGUGAACAUCAUUGUAUCAGAUGCAUCUAAAAACACAUGGGUAGAAUUGAACAAUGACAACAAAACAGAAAACAAAAGCACUGAACUUCUUCAAGCUAUUGAGACUAUAAGUGAUCGGCUCUCUGAUGAUGAUUAUAUAAUUAGCGAAACCUCCAUUCAAUUGAUUAGAACAACAAUUAAAAACUCAUUCAUUGGAUCAUCUUCACUGCCAGACUCAACUACUGAGAUUGUGAUACGAAAUGUUAAACCGACCCUCAUAACCAUUAUUAUCUUCACAAAACUUGACAAUGUUUUACCAACUCGAAAUACUUCUAAUAAUGACAACAAGACCUCAGAAAACUACAUCAAUGGAGACGUGGUUGUUGUUAGGGUUAAUAAAGCAAUUAACAACAUAUUAUUUACUUUCAAUACUAUGAAUACAUCAUUGAAAAAUCCUCAGUGUGUCUUUUGGAACUUUGAUCUGAACCAUUGGGAUUCCACUGGAUGUAAAGUCAAGCGCUCAGAGCAUAACGUGGUUACAUGUGAAUGCGACCACACAACCUCCUUUUCAAUCCUGAUGUCACCGUUUGCAAUUAAUAACCCAGCCUUAGGCUAUAAUUAUAUUAUAACAUAUAUUGGUGUAGCUAUUUCAAUGGCCAGCUUGAUUCUGUGCCUCAUUAUUGAGAUGAUUGUGUGGAAGUCAGCAACAAGAAAUGACACGUCGUACAUGCGUCACGUCUCAAUAGUCAAUGUCGCUGUGUCACUGCUGAUCGCAAACAUCUGUUUUAUCAUUGCAGCUGCAAUCGCAGAACAAGAGCAGCCAACAUCAGUGGAUCGUUGCAGUCCAGUGGUUUUCUUCAUGCACUUUUUUUACCUGGCUGUUUUCUUCUGGAUGUUCAUUUCAGCACUUUUGCUCCUUUACCGCACCGUCAUGGUCUUUUCUCAAAUGUCAACUACUACUAUGAUGUUCAUUGCCUUUAUGGUUGGUUAUUGUGCACCUCUGCUCAUAGCGGUUAUUACAGUCGCAUCCACAGCUGGACCUCAACACUAUGUCUCAACAGAAAAGGCAUGUUGGCUGAACUGGUUUGAAUCUAAGGCCCUGCUGGCAUUUUUGAUUCCAGCUCUGACUAUUGUUGCCUUUAGCCUCCUGGUUUUGAUUGUGGUUUUGGGGAUGAGGGGGAUGAGAGGGAUUGGUGCUACAACUCAAUCAGAUGAGAGUAAUACUCUUGUAGUCAUUGCCCGAUGUGUGGCCAUUCUGACUCCAAUCUUUGGUCUAACAUGGGGAUUUGGCAUUGGAACCAUGGUGUCACCUGACAUUGGCGUUCAUGUGAUGUUUGCAAUCCUCAAUUCACUGCAGGGAUUUCUUGUUUUGGUGUUUGGAACACUUUCAGACAGACAGGUUCUAGAGUCACUGCCAACAAGCUGUUAUUACAGAAUCUCAUUUUCCAAUUGUACCAGGAGCACUAAUGCAGAAAGUGGAGUUUUUGUCUUGCAAAGGAUAGAUGUGAACAGUAUAUAUGACGCAAGGAGUGUCUCAUCAUCAUCAUCUUCUUACAGCUCCACUGCAUCACGCACCUUCAUGAAUCGAUAAACAACUGUAUUGACUUAGUUUUAUUUAAAGGCAUUGAUUAUGCUGUGAUCAUUUCACCCUCUUAAAACAAAUGUGUUAAAAUAAAACAUCUUGUGUCAAGGACUUAACACUUAUCUGUGUUAUUUUUGGAAUCAUGUUGUUUUAACACAUCUUGGGCCCUAUUUUAACGAUCUGAAAUGCAAGUGCGAAGCGCAACGCGCAAGUGAGUUUGUGGGCGGAUCUUGGGCGCUGUUGCUAUUUUCCCGGCGUGAGAAAUAACUCUUGCACCGGGCGCAAAUCAAUAAGGGGUUGGUCUGAAGUAGGUUCAUUAUUCAUAGGUGUGGUUUGGGCGUAACGUCAAAUAAACCAAUCAGAACGCUAUCCAACAUUCCCUUUAAACGCAAGGGCGCAAGUUCCAUGGCGGGUUGCUAUUAUUAUGACGGAUUUACCAGGCGCACGCCAGGAGCGGUUCACAGCCGAGGAGACCCACGUUCUUGUAAGAGCAGUCAAAGACAGAGAAGUUAUUUUGUAUGGGGAUAGGAGAAACCCGCCCAAAUCAGCGUAGGUUAAACAGGCGUGAGAGGAAAUAGCCACAGUCUCAUCAGCUGGCAUAUCGUUGCGCCAAGCGCUACAAUGAUGUCAGGAGACGGGGGAAUCCCAAACUUGCCAGCAUAAAUCGGGCACGCCGUGUAACGGGAGGUGGAUCUGCCUCAGGACCUGACGCCAGCAGAGGACAUCGCUGCGUCCACCCUCACCGCUGAAAGGGUUUGGGGGCUUUGAAAUCGGACCCAAGAAACGCAAGCAAGGUCCAACCCCAAAGUACUCUUACAAA